UAACACAGCGAGCCCUGUCCCUCUAUAAAAAGGCAAAGAGUAGCCCAGGAGCCAUCACAGACUCAGAGGAGACAGACUCUGAGUGAAGCUCCUGCAACACCUGUCUGCUGAGCCCAGGAGAGAAGGAUGAAGUUCGCUUUCCAUGCCGCGCUGUGCUUGGGGAUAUUGGUGCUCUGUCUUGCCGACCUUCCAGCCCAAAGUUCCAUCCGAUGGUGCACAAUAUCUGAUGCAGAGCAGAAGAAAUGUGUGGAAUUGAAGACGAAAAUGUCCGGAACCGCUUCAUUAGACUGUGUGAAGAAGCUAACUUACUCUGACUGCAUAAAAGCUAUUGCGGAGAAUGAAGCAGAUGCCAUUAGUCUGGAUGGUGGCCACAUUUUCGAAGCACACCUUGCCCCGUAUAAUCUGAAGCCUGUUGUGGCUGAGGUCCAUGGCUCAGGAAAAGAUGCGACCACCAGCUACUAUGCUGUGGCAGUGGUGAAGAAAGGAACCGACUUCACAAUAAGGGAACUUAAAGGGAAGAAAUCCUGCCACACAGGGUUGGACAGGUCUGCUGGCUGGGUCAUUCCCAUUGGGACUCUCUUGUACCAUCAAAUCCUAUCCUGGGAUAGAGCCUCUCCCAUAACCCACGCUGUGGCCCAGUUUUUCUCAGCCAGCUGCGUCCCUGGUGCCCCUGCAAAUGAACCAAAUCUGUGCCGCUUAUGCCCUGGGACAGGUGCUCAAAAAUGUUCCCGUACUGGGCCUUAUUCUGGCUAUUCCGGAGCCUUUCAGUGUCUGAAAGAUGGAGUUGGAGAUGUAGCUUUUGUCAAACAGAUAACUGUUCUAGAAAAUGACCCAAGUGGGAAAGACAAGUAUGAGCUGCUGUGUGAAGAUGGUUCCCGGAAGCCUGUAGAUAAGUAUCAUGAGUGUCACUGGGCCAAAGUUGCUGCUCAUGCUGUUGUGGCUCGAAGUGUUGAUGGCCGGGCUGACGAGAUCUGGAGCUUCCUCUCUCAGGCAGAGGCAAAGUACGGCAAGAACACAAAAGAGAGCUUCAAACUCUUCAGCUCUCCUCAUGGGAAAGAUCUGCUUUUUAAGGACUCUGCUUCCAAUUUUAUCCGUGUCCCUCGACUGAUGGAUGCCCAGUUCUAUCUGGGCUACCAGUACUGGGCUGCUAUUCAGAGUCUCAGGCCAGAAACUCCUGAAGCCCCUUUGAAAAAGGUGAAGUGGUGCACAAUAAGUAAAGAAGAGAAGGCCAAGUGUGAUGAAUGGAGUGCAGUGAGUGAAGGCAGCCUGGACUGUGCAGUGGCAGAAACAACAGAGGACUGCAUUGCCAAGAUAGCGAAAGGUGAUGCGGAUGCCAUAAGCUUGGAUGGAGGUCAUGUCUACACGGCUGGUGUAUGUGGUUUGGUGCCAGUCAUGGGAGAAUACUACGGGGCUGACUUUGACCGAUGCCAGAAAGAAGGAGAACGUGGAGAAACAUAUUAUGCUGUGGCUGUGGCAAAGAAAUCCAACCCCGGUAUCACCUGGAAGACCCUGCGUGGUAAGAAGUCUUGUCAUACAGGUGUUGGGAGAACUGCUGGCUGGAAUGUCCCCAUGGGCUUGAUUCACAAUGAAACCGGGAGCUGCGACUUUGAUAAGUUCUUCAGUAAAAGCUGUGCUCCUGGAUCUCCAGUUACCUCACCACUCUGCGAGCUGUGUGUGGGCUCAGGCAGCAAGCUCCCACCAAAUUACACAUGUGCUGCCAACAGCAAUGAGAGAUACUAUGGAUACAGUGGGGCCUUCCGGUGCCUGGUUGAAAAGGGAGACGUGGCCUUUGUUAAGCACACCAUUGUCAAUGAGAGCACCGAUGGACAUAAUCCUGCUGACUGGGCAAAGGGGCUGAAAAGUGACCAAUUCGAGUUGCUGUGCCGGGAUGGAAAACGCGCCAGUCCUAAUGAAUACAAGAAAUGCCACCUGGCUCUAGUUCCUGCCCAUGCUGUGGUCACACGUCCAGACAGAGCAGCUGAUGUCCGCAAGAUGCUGAUAAAGCAAGAGGAACUGUAUGGAAGCCGUGGAAAUCAGACAGAUAGAUUCCAGAUGUUUCAGUCUGAAACCAAGGACCUUUUAUUCAAGGAUUCCACCACGUGCCUGAUUCAACUCUCCACAGGAACAACCUAUAAGGAGUUCCUGGGAACAGAGUACCUUGAUUCUGUUUCUAGUCUCAAUAAGUGCUCACCAUCAGAACUCCUCCAGGUCUGCAGCUUCAGCCUCGCCCACUGGCCAGGCCAGAAGCUGGAGCUGGGCCAUGGCAGUCAGUCCCAGCCCACAGCUGCUGCUCUCCAGCCGCCCAGUCCUGAAGGCAUCACUACUGCCAGCGGCAGCGCAGAAGGACACGUGGCUGCCAGAGCGGGAGAGGGGAUGGCGCCGGAGGGCUACCAGCGAAGCGGGCUGCAGCCUUACCUGGACUCGCUGCGGCAGGUGCCGAACGCGACCCUGCUCUCGGUGCUGCUGGCGCUGCUGGCCGUGGCCCUGACCCUUCUGGUUUGGAAACUUAUCCAGGGCAGGAAGAGCAGCCAGAGGACAGUGCUUCUGGUAGGCCUUUGUGACUCAGGAAAAACACUGCUGUUUGUCCGACUGUUAACAGGCACUUACCGAAACACCCAGACCUCCAUAACUGAUAGCUCUGCUGUUUACAGAGUCAGUAAUGACAAGGGCUCUAGUGUGACGCUGGUUGACCUCCCAGGCCAUGAAAGCUUGCGACUUCAGUUCUUGGAGAGGUUCAAAGCUACAGCUAGAGCAAUCGUGUUUGUCGUGGACAGCGUAGCGUUCCAGCGGGAGGUGAAGGAUGUGGCAGAAUUCCUGUACCAGGUUCUGACUGACUGCACCGUGCUGAAAAACACUCUGCCACUGCUGAUAGCCUGCAACAAGCAAGAUAUCACGAUGGCAAAAUCGGCCAAGCUUAUUCAGCAGCAGCUGGAGAAAGAACUCAACACCUUACGAGUGACUCGCUCAGCUGCCCCCAGCACCUUGGACGGCUCGACCUCCAGUGGGACUGCUCAGCUGGGGAAGAAGGGCAAGGAGUUUGACUUCUCACAGCUGCCCAUGAAGGUGGAGCUGGUGGAGUGCAGCGCCAGAGGCAGCAAGGCGGAGGAAGGCAGUGCUGACAUCGAGGACUUGGAGAAAUGGCUGGCCAGGAUUGCCUGAAAGCUGGGCUGGGCGGGAGGCAGAAACUAUCAAAGGGGAAACUAAUGAUAAAGGCAUUUGGCAUCUGAUACAGAAGCACUGAUGGAAAGGGAUGGGGCCCAGAAUGUAACCUUGCUAUGGAAAGAACUUCAGGCGUGCGCCAGCAGUAAAUGCACUGUUACCUUCA